CUGACGCUGACGGCUCAACGCGGAAGCGCGAUGGCGGCGGCAGAAGGGCCGGCAGGCGGCAAGAGCGGCGCUUCUCCGUCGGCUGCGCACCGGAGGCUGCGGAUCCUCUCGGGUCACCUGAGGAGCGGGCCGCCGGAGGCGCACCUGUCCGCUGCCCAGUGCCGAGGGCGGGCGGCGCCGGCGCCGGCUCGCCCUCAGCCGAGCACCUUCCCCAAGAGGCGGCAAGAAGUUUUUAAGUGGAACGGAUGGGGUUACAAUGACUCACAAUUCAUCCUCAAUAAGAAGGGACAAGCAGAAUUCACAGGGAAAAGGUACCGGCUAGGUGGUACGGUGUUGCCUUUUUUAAUAGACUGGAUGGAGAAACAUAUGAGCGGAAAUGUGGAGCAUAAAAGUACUUCUAGAGCAUCCUUGAAUCUUAGUGAUGUGCCUCCUUCUAUUGCAAAUGAAGAAUUUAUCAAAGACCUCCAAGCUGCUAAAAUAUCAUAUACCCAAGAAGCAGAAGCCAGGAUAUUCAGAGCUCAUGGUCACUGCUUACAUGAACUAUAUGAGCUCAGGGAAGGAAUGUUUCAGCGAGUUCCUGAUAUAGUUGUAUGGCCAGAAUGCCAUGAUGAUGUGGUUAAAAUUGUGGAAUUAGCCUGCAAGCAUAACGUUUGUAUUAUACCGUAUGGUGGAGGAACAAAUGUUUCUAAUGCUCUUCAGUGUCCUGCUGAUGAGAAAAGAAUGAUUGUUUCAUUGGACACCUCACAAAUGAACAGGAUUCACUGGAUAGAUGAGAAAAAUUUAACCGCUCAUGUUGAAGCUGGCAUUGUUGGACAAGACUUGGAAAGACAGCUGGGUGAAAGCGGUUACUGUAUGGGCCACGAACCAGAUUCAAUGGAAUUCAGUACACUUGGAGGCUGGGUGGCAACGCGAGCAUCAGGCAUGAAGAAAAACAUUUACGGAAACAUUGAAGACCUGGUGGUUCAUAUAAAGAUGGUAACCCCAAGAGGUGUGAUACAAAAAAGCUGUCAAGGACCACGUAUGUCAACGGGACCUGACAUCCAUCAUUUCAUUUUAGGAUCUGAAGGAACCCUUGGAGUGGUAACAGAAGUUACAAUAAAAAUUCGACCAAUCCCUGAAUACCAAAAGUAUGGGUCUGUAGUAUUUCCAAACUUUGAGAAAGGGGUGGCCUGUUUAAGAGAAGUAGCAAAGCAGCGAUGUGCUCCUGCAUCCAUUCGCCUUAUGGACAAUCAUCAAUUUCAAUUUGGACAUGCUCUUAAACCCCAGGUUUCUUCAAUUUUUACAUCGCUUCUGGACGGGUUGAAAAAAUUCUACAUCACAAAGUUCAAAGGAUUUGAUCCCAAUGCGCUAUGUGUUGCUACUUUGCUUUUUGAGGGAGACAGAGAGAAGGUUCUUCAGCAUGAAAAGCAAGUUUAUGAUAUUGCUGCAAAAUUUGGUGGUCUGGCAGCUGGAGAAGACAAUGGACAGAGAGGAUACAUGUUAACGUUUGUCAUUGCUUACCUUCGGGACCUGGGCAUGGAUUAUUAUAUAAUAGGAGAAUCGUUUGAAACAUCUGUUCCCUGGGACAGGGUUCUAGACCUUUGCCGGAAUGUGAAGGAAAGAAUAGUAAGAGAAUGCAAAGAAAGAGGCGUUCAGUUUGCACCUUUCGUUUCCUGUCGGGUGACACAGACCUACGAUGCUGGCGCCUGUGUCUAUUUCUAUUUGGGCUUUAACUACAGAGGAUUAAGUGACCCUGUUCACGUUUAUGAAGAAAUAGAGGUGUCAGCUAGAGAAGAAAUCCUUGCUAAUGGAGGAAGCCUGUCACAUCAUCAUGGAGUGGGCAAGUUACGGAAGCAGUGGCUGAAAGACAGCAUCUCAGAUGUUGGCUAUGGGAUGCUGAAAUCUGUCAAACAAUUUGUGGACCCCGAUAACAUCUUUGGAAACAGGAACCUUUUAUAAGCCUGGUUACUAUCCAAACUGAAAUUACAAAAAAACCACCACCAUCAUUUAUGAGUCUCAUGGCUAUCCCAGUAUCCAGAUAUAGCAUGGACCCAAUUUGAAAGCUGUUCACUCCUUACAUCUUUAAUUUUCUUCAGUUAAAUGUGAUCAUACAAUUAACUCAUAGCACACUUCCCACAGAGUACUCCAAAACGUUUCUCACACACAACCAGCCCAAAGUAUACUAAUGUCAAUCUAACAGAUAACCUGUUUGGAUGGCUUCCCCUGCUAUAGUGCAAGAAUAGCUAAGGCGGAUACUAAAUGUUUCUGUCAUAGGAGACGUUCUUGACAAAGCAGCACUUCUGAGAAGCAGAUGAAAAAUGGGUUUAUAUUUAUAUAAAACAGCUUUUCUAUUGAAAUUUUAAACAGGCAAUGAAAUUUAUGCCAUGCUGCAAUUUUUU